AUGAACGUCUCGCAACCUGUCGCCUCAUCGGUAGAAAGUGUCGAGUUCACUUUCCUCCCAACCGACGAGAUUCGAGCAGCCUCUGUCCGAAGAAUAGAAAACGACAGCACUUUUGAUACACUUCUAAACCCCGUACCCGGGGGCCUUUAUGACCCUGCUCUAGGCUCUUGGGGUGACUCCCUGUGUACGACAUGCAACCUUGGUCAGUCCAUGUGUCCCGGCCAUGCGGGCCAUAUCGAUCUUCCGGUCCCUGUCUACCACCCAGUCUUCAUGGACCAGGUCUUACGACUACUCCGCGCUGAGUGUAUCUACUGUCACCACUUCCGAUUGCCACCAAAGGAAAUCAACCGAUAUGCCUGUAAACUCCGGCUGCUUCAAUACAGUCUUAUACCGGAAGCGAUGAAAAUCGAUGCUAUUGGAGAGGACUUCCAUAGCCUAGCAUUACCCGGUCUCCCACGGGUCGACAUGGAGUGCGACGACGACGGCAAGUCUGCGAUCGACAAUGUGUCUCGAGCGAGAAGCAUCUACGUACAGCAGGCACUGCAAAACCAAAGAGUUCUGACCGGCGAUAUCCGCAAGGGUAAACACGAGGGUGCUUCCGAGCUUCGCCGAGAACUAGUUCAGCAAUUUUUAAAGGAUAUUGUUGUUGGAAGACAGUGUGCUCGCUGCAAAGGCAUCUCGCCUAGCUACCGAAAAGACCGCUCUGUUAAAAUAUUUGAAAAACCACUGAACUCCAAGGAGCAGGCAAAGAUGGCGGCAGGACAAUUUAAGGCUCGCGAUGCCCUGACGCUUCGACCAAAGAGCCAACGGUCUAACGAUACCACCGUUUCUGACGAAGGUAUUGCCGACAUCAGUCUCGAUUCUGGUAGCGAGGAUGGCAGCGACGUGCACGCGGACGCAUUGGAUGAAUAUGGCAACGUUGUUCACAAACCGGUUACAAACAAGCCGACAUCUCCACAGCUCCAGCAACGCUACAUUAGCACCCAGGAGGUUCUUGAGCGGCUACGCCUUCUCUUCGCCAAUGAACAGGACGUUCUGCAACUCAUCUACAACUCCAGGCCGCGUGGUCGUCACGCGCAGUCCACACCGGAUAUGUUUUUCAUUCAAGCCCUGCUUGUCCCCCCGAACAAGUAUCGGCCAGAGGCGCGCACCGGCGAUGCACAAGUCACCGAAGCCCAGCAAAAUUCCCUUUACAAAGCGAUCCUUGGAGCAUCUUUUCGCGUGGCUGAGAUCCACCGCGAGAUAUCUGACGCAGCAACAAAGACCCCAGGUCGUUUCUCAAGGGAUAUUUUGUCUCUCCACGAGGCCUGGUCAGAACUCCAGAAUUCUGUCAACUCCCUUAUAGACAGUACCAAAAACCCAGCCCAAGGUCAAAACGCCAAGCGGAUCGAGGACGGCAUCAAACAAAAAUUGGAAAAGAAAGAGGGGCUCUUCCGAAAGAACAUGAUGGGUAAACGCGUCAAUUUCGCAGCCCGCAGCGUCAUCUCACCUGACCCAAACAUCGAAACAAACGAGAUUGGUGUCCCGCCCGUUUUUGCACGCAAGCUUACAUACCCCGAACCCGUAACAAGUCACAACUUCAAGGAACUUCAACAGGCCGUUAUCAAUGGCACAGACACUUGGCCUGGGGCGUCUGCGAUCGAAAAUGACAAUGGGCAGGUGGUCAAUCUGAGAGGGAAAUCUUUGGAAGACAGAAUGGCUCUCGCAAACCAGCUCCUAGCGCCUUCCAACAGCGGAAGUUCCACCAUGAGGGGAAAGAAAGUUUAUCGGCACCUUAGCAACGGUGAUGUGGUUCUUAUGAACCGCCAGCCCACCCUUCAUAAGCCGUCCAUUAUGGGUCACCGAGUCAGAGUUUUACCCGGUGAGAAAACCAUCCGUAUGCAUUAUGCAAAUUGCAACACAUACAACGCGGAUUUUGACGGUGAUGAGAUGAACAUGCAUUUCCCACAAAACGAAAUCGCACGUGUUGAGGCAUUACAGCUUGCGGACACAGAUCACCAAUAUUUGUCUGGCACACAAGGCAAACCACUGCGAGGUCUCAUCCAGGAUCACAUUUCCAUCUCAGUCUCACUCUGCGGCAAGGACACCUUUUUCCACAGAGGGACAUACCAGGAUCUUGUCUAUAGCGCACUGCGCCCUGAGAGCGGUCACAUUUUGGGGGACCGCAUUGAACUUGUCAGUCCUGCCGUCUUAAAGCCUGUGCCUAGAUGGACUGGUAAACAGGUGAUCACAACGAUCCUAAAGAACGUCAAGCCGCCAAACUGUGCUCAUCUUUGGAUGAGCGGCAAGAGUCAAGUUCCCGAAAACAGGUGGGGUUCACAUACGGAAGAGGGUUAUAUUGAGUUCCGAGACAGCGUCUUAAUCUCCGGUAUUCUCGAUAAAGCUCACCUUGGACCGAGCUCUGGUGGUUUCAUUCAUGCCGUCCAUGAAGUUUACGGCGCCUCGGUUGCUGGGAAGGUUUUGAGCUGCAUGGGUCGUUUGUUAACACGACUACUCAACAUGCGGGCCUUCACUUGCGGAAUUGACGACCUGCGGUUGACACCGGAAGGCGAGGCCAACCGUAGUCGGGAGCUGAAUGGAGCUCAAGAUGCUGGGCUAGGAGUUGCUGCAGCCUAUGUCAGCCUCAAAGACCAAGCGCCGACAGAUAAAGAUCCCGAACUUCUUCGCCGUCUUGAGGAUGUCAUGCGAGACGACAGCAAGCAGGAAGGCCUCGACUUGUUAAUGAACAAGAUGAGUGCUAGCGUUUCAAGCAACGUGACCAAGGCAUGUCUCCCGGUUGGCCUUGAAAAGCCGUUUCCCCACAACCACAUGCAAGCCAUGACCAUCUCUGGUGCCAAGGGAGGCAAUGUGAACGCAAACUUGAUUUCUUGCAAUCUUGGCCAGCAGGUUCUGGAAGGCCGACGGGUCCCACUCAUGGUUAGCGGGAAGUCUCUACCAUGCUUUCCCGAAUUUGACACAAGUUUGAGAGCCGGUGGCUAUAUUGUCAAUCGCUUUCUUACCGGUAUUCGUCCGCAAGAAUACUAUUUUCAUCAUAUGGCUGGUCGUGAGGGUCUCAUUGAUACAGCAGUAAAGACAUCGCGGUCGGGCUAUCUUCAACGAUGCCUGAUCAAAGGAAUGGAGGGUCUCGAAGUGGCUUACGACUCAUCCGUUCGUGACUCCGACGGUAGCCUGGUUCAAUUCCUCUAUGGCGAAGAUGGGCUUGACGUUACCAAGCAGAAAUAUCUCACCGACUUCAGCUUUGUGCUGCAUAACCUCGAAUCCGAAAUGUCUGAUUUUAAGUUUUCCGACCCUCGGACAGCGGGGUUAUUUGAGCACAAGGACGAAUUUUUCAAGCAGAGUAAACGCAUGCUGAAGAGAUCGAACGUGAACGCAGGUUUCGCUGACGAACCGGUCAAUGCUUUGGUCAACCCUGCCAAGCACGCUUUUGCGAUGUCGGAGAAAUUUUUCGGCUUGAUGUCAACCUAUGUCCGCGAGAACAAGGACCGCCUCAUUAAGGACAAGGAAUCAAGAGGCGAUGACCAGUCUACUUCACGUCUGCCGUUCGAUCAAGCCUCGAUGGGGAAACGAUCGGUAGAGAGGGUGUUUGCUGCGAAGUACCUCCGGUCGCAGGUCGAGCCUGGCGAGGCUGUUGGCAUUGUCGCCGGGCAAUCUGUCGGUGAACCCUCGACGCAAAUGACCUUGAACACAUUUCAUUUGGCAGGGCAUUCCGCAAAGAAUGUCACACUGGGUAUUCCUCGUCUCAGAGAAAUUUUGAUGACUGCCAGUGCCAACAUUUCAACACCGGCGAUGACCCUAGUUCUUCGACCGGACUUGACACAUCAGGAAGGUGAACAUUUUGCGAAAACUAUUGGUAUGCUUCCACUCUCGCAUAUUCUCGACAAGAUAGCAGUCAAAGAGCGUGUCGCCAGAGGCAUUGGCCAUCCAUAUUCAAAGAUAUUCGACGUUCGGCUCGAUUUUUUCGCCUCGGACGAAUAUGAGGCAAUAUAUGCUGUUCAAGCGUCCGAUGUUUUGGAUACGGUUGAAAAGAGGCUUCUACCGGUGCUGCGAAAGCUCAUCACCAAGGCGACGAAGCAGAAUGAGAAAGGUCAAUCUAGCGCCAGCAUACCUGACGUCGGUGUCAAGGCAGGCGUGAUCGAAGUCUCUCGCACCGGUAACGAAGAUAGCCAUGGCAACGAUGCACAAAGGGACGACGGCAGCGAUGAUGACAAUGACGAUGGUGACAACGAUGCAACGAGUGCUAAGCAGCGCGGGAACCGAAACGAGGCUGUUUCAUACGGACCAAACGACGAGGAGGAUGAUGACAUUCGUAUUCGCAUGGAGCGGGAUGCCACGACGGAAGAAGAUCUCCCCGACGACGAAGGCUACGUGGGGAGCCCGCGGUCUGUGAUGACUCACAAUGCUCAGGCAGGCGAAAAUGAACGUGCAAAUGAUAGCGAGGCAAGCGACGAAGAAGAUAGUGCGCAACCAGGCGGAGAUGUGCAAGGCGACACGGAACAGGGUGGUUCGGAGGCUCGCCAAGCCAGGGUCAAAAGUGGCAACACCAAUAUCACACGUUUCCGUGCGGACGAAAAUGCUGGUGAAUGGUGUGAGUUUACGCUUGAACUACCUGCCGACUCUCCCAAAAUACUGAUGCUCAGUGUCGUGGAAGAUGCGGUACGACGAUCGGUAGUACGCCAAAUCCCUGGGGUGAAGUCUUGCACAUAUGUUGCCGACGAGGUUGUGAAGGACUCGCGUACUGGGAUAGAAGUUAAGGUCCCGGUCGUGCACACGGAGGGCGCCAAUAUCCGAACCAUACAACAAUUUAGCGAUUUCUUCGACCCUAACAAGUUGGCCACGAACGACAUUGUGGCCAUGUUAGAAGUUUACGGUGUUGAAGCCUGCCGGAACACCAUCAUUCGAGAAUUGAGCACAGUUUUCGUCUCUCACGGUAUCGGUGUGGACAACCGCCAUCUCAAUCUAAUUGGCGAUUUCAUGACCCGUGGUGGUGGCUUUAUGCCGUUUAACCGCUACGGUUUGAAAGGAAAUGUGAGCCCUUUUACGAAGAUGAGCUUUGAGACUACACUUGCGUUUUUGAAGGAUGCAUUGGUUGACGGUGACUGGGACGGCCUCGUUACCCCGAGUAGCCGCAUUGUGAUGGGCAGACUGGGCAAGACAGGAACAGGCUCAUUUGAUGUCUUGACCAGUGUUCCAAUACAGCACUUUGACCCGAUGCAAGGGCUUCGGACGAGCUAG